GGGUUCUGGGCAAGCGAAGGCAUUCUGAGUGGCUGAAACAGCUUCAGCAGAGACCCUAAAGCCAGCCACCUCUUGUCCCCACAGUCCAGGCGGAGGCCGCAGAGGGCCCAGGGCGGGCAGGGGCAGCAAUGACUGGUCCUGACGGUGGCUGAGCCCCCAGCCCCUGGAAUAUGCAGCCCGGGGGAGCCCCAGGCAGCGGCGAGGACGCGGUGGCGGCGUGGGGCGAGAGGCAUGGUCUCCACCUACCGGGUGGCCGUGCUGGGGGCGCGAGGCGUGGGCAAGAGUGCCAUCGUGCGCCAGUUCCUGUACAACGAGUUCAGCGAGGUCUGCGUGCCCACCACCACCCGCCGCCUCUACCUGCCUGCUGUCGUCAUGAACGGCCACGUGCACGACCUCCAGAUCCUCGACUUCCCGCCCAUCAGCGCCUUCCCUGUCAACACGCUGCAGGAGUGGGCAGACGCCUGCUGCAGGGGACUCCGGAGUGUCCACGCCUACAUCCUGGUCUACGACAUCUGCUGCUUUGACAGUUUUGAGUACGUCAAGACCAUCCGCCAGCAGAUCCUAGAGACAAGGGUGAUUGGCACCUCAGAGACGCCCAUCAUCAUCGUGGGCAACAAGCGGGACCUGCAGCGCGGACGCGUGAUCCCGCGCUGGAACGUGUCUCACCUGGUGCGCAAGACCUGGAAGUGCGGCUACGUGGAGUGCUCCGCCAAGUACAACUGGCACAUCCUGCUGCUCUUCAGCGAGCUGCUCAAGAGCGUCGGCUGCGCCCGCUGCAAGCACGUGCACGCCGCCCUGCGCUUCCAGGGCGCGCUGCGCCGCAACCGCUGCGCCAUCAUGUGACCGCGCC